AUGGGCCAGACCAUCAUUGCACCGCCUACUACGUUCAUUGACUACGUGCAAAUUGCCAAUGCAUCUUUCACGACAGAGGCGAAAAGUUAUUGGCGAGACCUCCUCAAACAAUCCAAACCGACCGACCUUGUCUUGCAUUGCAAACCGAUCUACCAGCAUCCUAUGGCGUCCAUAUGCAUGCGGGAGAUCAAACUUCCAAAAAAGCGGUCUCAGAAUUUCACACUCGCCACGGUGGUCAAGACUGCAUGGGCCUACGUUCUUUCAAAAUGGGCAUCAACAGACGACGUCACGUUUGGUACCCUGGUAUCCGGGCGCCAUUUUUCAGAUCAAGACCUAUCCACCGUUGUUGGACCAUGCCUCAACCUUCUCCCAGUCCGUGUACGCACGGCCACAAGUGGCAAUGCCCCUCAAGGCCUCCUUCAGCAGGUUCAUGAUCAGCACCUCGCAACACUUCCUUUCGAGGGGACUGGAUACAAUCGUCUCAUCACUUCAUGCACAGACUGGGCCCCAUGGACACGAUUUAGCUCGAUCGUGCACCAUCAACACCUCGAUCAAGAGGAUCACCGCGUGGGACUUAUCGCCGCCGAGAAUGAUUCGGCUGAUUUAUGGAUCGUUACAGAACCACAGGCAGAUGGUAGCGCGUUGAUGUUGGAGCUGAUGUACAGCGACCAAGUGUUCUCUGCAGAAAUCAUUGCCGUGCUAAGUUCAUGUAUGUGCGAGACCUUGGAGGCUCUUCUCAACUUGGCACCCGAAUCGCCGCACCUGCCCAUUCAAAGCUCUUUGUUUGCCGCUUUGCCCGCACUUCCUAUUCAACCUGACGAAUUCCAUCCCAGCCAGGUCCAGACAUCUCAUGUCAUUGAGAAUCCUUCUUCCUGGGAAGCCUACCAACAAUCGGAACGCAGAAUUCAUGAGAUUGUGUGCGAAGCCUGGCGCUCGGUGGGUCUGGAUCCGAUUGAGGGUCUGAACAAACCAUUCUAA